GGCACGUCGGCGGGCGCUGCUCGUUCUUCGCAGUGGGACGCCGCUGCUGUCGACCGCCCUAUGGCCGCUCCGCAGGACCCAUUGCCCUCAGCAGAUCAUGCAGGAAAAGAGCCGGUGGAGGAUACAGAUCCAAGCACUCUUUCCUUGACAAUGACAGAAAAGUAUCCUGUCCAAGAUACAGGAGUACCUAAAGUCUUUGUCUUAGAUGAGGAGUACCUAACAGAUCAAGUUACACUGGAAAUUGCAUCUGUGAACAUCAAGACCCUUACAUCAGAUUCUGGCCUAAUCCAACAGCCAGAAGACAAAGACACACAUAACCAUACUGGUGAAUCAUUUUCAGAUCUCAAGAAAACCUGCAAGGAAAAUGGCACCUGCUCCUUGUGCUUAUUCCGCGCACCAACCAUCAGUGACAUGCUCAAUGAUGAGGACUUGUUGUACACAGUGAGGCUAAAGCUGGAUCCCUGCCACCCAACAGUGAAGAACUGGAGAAAUUUAGCAAGCAAGUGGGGGAUGACUUAUGAUGAAUUGUGUUUCCUUGAACAGAAGCCCCAAAGUCCCACUUUGGAGUUCUUGUUACGGAAUAGUGAUCGAACUGUGGAGCAGCUGAUUGAUCUCUGUAAAUUUUAUAAGAGAAUUGAUGUUGUGAAAGUGCUGCUGAAAUGGGUGGAGGAGGAGUGGCCCAAGAGAGGGAGCAGAAGUUACCAGAAUGACUUCUAGGUCAAAGACAGUUGGUAGUCCGUACGUAUUAAAAGCUGAGACUAGCUGCCACUAGUACAUGGGAAGUUUCCCGUGCAAGAGAGAGCAAACCCUAUACUGAUGGUUUGUGUACUGUGUAAACUUUAUGUACUGUAUACGCAUGUUCUGUGCCCUCACAGUUGCAAAGGUAACCUUCCAAAAGUGGACAGAAUCACACAGGUUGUGUUCUUGAGUCUACAAAUGCCUUCAGUUUCUUUGCUGCUGUUCAUAGGCUUCCUAGGCAGAAGACGAAUGAAAACGUCAGAUCAAUAGUUUUAGUGCAGCCAUAGUGAACCUUGUCAGCUGUGUUGUUCCUAUUGGGAAAGGCACAAUUAGAAGGCAAAGCUCUUGGCCUUCCUGGCAACCUUUCCACAAUUUUGUAUAUUCUACCUAGUGAAAAAUGAGGGGUCAUUCUUUCUCCUCCUUUUUUUACAAAAAAAAAAAGUUAUGACACUGUUUUUGGCACAGAAACACCUCAGUGUUCCAAGCAGCAGUUUGGAUUUACGUGUUACGCUUAAUUAAAUGUUUCAACAUCACAUUCAGGCAAGUUAAGCUUUAAAUCUCAUAUAAACAACAGAUGUUAAAAUUUUCAUACUACUACAUCAUAGGACAUGUAUUUGAUAUAGAAGAAUUCAUGCAAUUCAAAGCACCUUUCCAAUUGCUAUGGACCAAAAAAACCCCAAUUAAAAGGCUUUAUACUUAAAAUUACUUUCCAAAGUUUUGAAGACAAUAUACAUUCUGAGUGCACUAACCCACUUGUCUCAAAUGACUCUUACUUUGCAGCUUGAAGUGACAGUGAAUGCCUCUCCCACAGUAUAUCCUUAGUAUUGAGUAUAACUUCCCAUUUCACAAGCUGUUUUUUUCUUCACAGUCCUGUGGGUUGACCUACUUUCUGUCCCCCAUCAAAGUAGAGAAACUGGCUCAAGUUUCUAUAUUGAUUAAAGCCACCCUAAUGGGAAAUUAACAGGUGAAUUCAUUAUCUACAAUCCAGGUGGAUGAUUAUUAAAGCACUUAUGGUGGUUUAGGCUAAUGUUUCUCAAAGAAUUUUGAUACUCUGAAUUACAGUGUUUACAGUGAAAAUAUCUUAAAAAUUAAUGUUUUUCCUAAUAUUCCUCUGUAUUCUAGUGCUUAAAAAAACUCGUGAAAAAUCAGUUAUACAUUACAAUGUAAAAAGUACUUGCAGCUAUAAUACCACACCCAAAAAUGUUCAUCUUAAAAGUAUUUCUAGUUGUUACCGUUAUUAAAAGCAUCUGAGAUAAUUCUAAUAUGUACAUACAUAUAUAUAUAUAUAUAUACCAAAUCACUGGUGAGCAGUAUGUCAAGAUGUGGUGCAAAAUUAGAAUAGGGUGCAGGUUGAAUCAUUGUUUCCUUUUCUCAAGUAGAAAGGACUAAGAAUGAGUAGCAAAGGCAAGGGAAGUCUAAAGCUGUAUUCAGAGUUUCUUACUGUAAGAGAAUGAAAAGACACCUUUAGUAUUCUAUAGAUACUGAGUUACAGAGGAGGAAGAAGUAAAGACUUAACAUUUUCAAUGUCAGGCACUUGUUGUGGAGUAACAUAAAUGGACUUUAUUUUAGUGACUUCAGGAAGCUGAAGAUCUAGUUUCAAGGUGAAAAGACUGACCUAAAUUUGCAGCUUGAAUUUUUUUUUGUUGUUUAAAAGCGUUUGGAAGACUGGAAUUUUUAAUGACUAUUUUUAACCAUUUCUCAUAAAAGCUGCUAGUCUUUAGAACAGUAAGUUUUCUAGACAUAUUUUAAAGAAGAAAUUGUACUGCUGUGUCUUGUAGGGGCUGCAGUUGAACUAUUUUAUGUUCCUUUUCUAGGAACAGAGGUUUCCUGAUAGAUGUCUGUCAGCUCUACCUUUUGUAAAUAAUCUUCUGUCUUUAAUUAGGAGCUCUAGAAUCAGCUUUGAGGACUACUGCUGUGGCUGGUCUGUCUGCUAUUUUUAGUUUCUACAGAGGCAUCCACUGCAUACAUGCAAAGAGCUCAUAGUGCAGCUUGUCCAACAUAAUCCUCAUGCCCUGGGCCUGCGAUAUUCAUAAUUUAGAACCAUGUGUUGAUACUUCUGAGUGACGAAUGCUGGCUUGUGAUGCCAACAGCUUUUCUCUCCUAUAACAUACUGCAGUUGUAUGUGCGCGCUAUUAUAGAAUACUCUGCUUUCAUAGAUCCAAUCUCACCUAAGACUCAAAAUGGGAAUAUUAAAUGAUGCAGCAGCAUUUCUGAAUCAAGAUGUUCAACUGCAAGCUACACUUUUUCCUGUUUUCUGGUUAAAAUUUGUCUUGUGGAAAUUAUUUCCGAUCACUUAAAGCUCUUGAAAAAUUAGUUUCAGCUGCAGGGAUACAUGUCUGAGGGAAAUAAAGCUGCUUCUGAGAGUUCAUACAUAACUUCUGUAUAAAUUCAGCACUGAUGGUUGAAAAUGUUAGCCUUAAGCUUUAUCAUACACUGGAUUACUCAUUAGUGUACUUGAAAUAUUUUUUCCUCUUUGUAUAGCAUAAAUUGAGU